UGUAUGCGCACAGCUUAGUUUAGCGGGACAUCCAACAUGGCGGCGAGCGGAGGCAAAGGUAAGAGUGGGGCCAGCAUGGAUAAAAGCAUCACCCUGCCGCCCGACGAGAUAUUCCGCAAUUUGGAGAACGCCAAGCGAUUCGCCAUAGAUAUAGGCGGGUCCCUCACAAAGUUGGCUUAUUAUUCUACUGUUCAGCAUAAAGUCGCCAAAGUCAGGUCAUGUGAUCACACAGGAAAGGAUGCUGACCAUGAAUUAUUAUAUGAAAUAUCUGAACAAGAAGAGAUCACAGCCCGUCUCCAUUUCAUUAAAUUUGAAAACACGUAUAUAGAAACCUGUCUGGACUUUAUAAAAGAUCAUCUUGUGAACACAGAGACAAAGGUCAUCAAAGCGACUGGCGGGGGAGCUUACAAAUUCAAAGACCUCCUUGAAAAGAAGUUGGGAUUAAAAGUGGACAAAGAGGAUGAAAUGACCUGUCUUAUAAAGGGCUGUAAUUUUGUACUAAAGAAUAUACCUCAUGAGGCGUUUGUCUACGUGAAGCAUGCAGAUCCCGAGUUUCGAUUUCAAACCACUCACCCGAACAUUUUCCCCUAUUUACUAGUUAACAUAGGUUCUGGGGUAUCCAUAGUUAAGGUGGACACAGAGGACAAGUUUGAACGAAUUGGAGGAAGCUCUAUUGGAGGCGGGACAUUUUGGGGACUUGGAGCCUUGCUCACAAAAACAAAGAAGUUUGAUGAAUUACUACAGCUGGCUGCUAAGGGUCAGCACACGAAUGUUGACAUGCUGGUGAAAGACAUCUAUGGAGGCGCUUACCAAAUAUUGGGAUUAACAGGGAACCUGAUUGCAAGCAGCUUUGGCAAGUCCGCCACUGCAGACAAAGAAUUCUCCAAAGAAGACAUGGCAAAGAGCUUACUGCACAUGAUCAGCAAUGACAUUGGCCAGUUGGCUUGUCUAUAUGCUAAACAACACAACCUCUAUCAAGUGUAUUUCGGAGGCUUUUUUAUCCGAGGUCACCCUGUUACAAUGCACACUAUAAGCUACAGCAUCAACUUCUUUUCCAAGGGGGAAGUCCAGGCACUGUUUCUCAGGCAUGAGGGUUACCUUGGUGCCAUUGGGGCAUUUCUAAAAGGAGCUGAGGAAGAUAAUCUCAACCUGUACAGUUGGGGGGAAAACUAUGCUGGCAGUUCUGGGCUGAUGAGCACCUCGCCAGAUAUCUACCCAAUGCAGAGAUCACGGAGUGGAACAUUUGACAUGUUGGAGAUGGACCGUCUGGAACGGCAAGUAGUAAAUCUCCCUCUACUCUUUGACCCGUCUUCCUAUGUCCCUGAUACUGUGGAUCUUACAGAAGAUGCAAUGGCUCGGGAAUAUUGGCUCACUUGCUUCGAAGAUGCUUUAGAAGGAGUAGCUAAGCGGGCUGUUGCCAGUCAGCCGGAUGCAAUGGACGCAGCAGACCGGGCAAUAAAGUUCCAGCAGAAGUACUGGAAUAAACUGCAGACCUUGAGACAUCAGCCGUUUGCAUAUGGAUCAUUGACUGUCAGAAGUUUGCUAGAUACACGAGAGCACUGCUUAAAUGAAUUCAAUUUUCCGGACCCCUACUCAAAAGUAAAGCAGAAAGAAAAUGACAUAGCCUUAAAAUAUUAUCAGAAAGUGAUCCGAUCAUUGGAUGCAUUGGUUUGGGAGGAGAAGCAGCUUGCGCUGGUGAAAGGACUGUUAGCAGGCAAUGUGUUUGACUGGGGAGCAAAAGCAGUCUCUGAAGUCUUGGAGUCUGACCCAGAAUUUGGAUUUGAGGAAGCAAAGAAGAAGUUACAGACUAGACCAUGGCUUGUUGACUCUUAUUGUGAAUGGAUCAAAAGGUUAAAGGGUCCUCCGCAUAAGUGUGCUUUAAUAUUUGUGGACAACAGCGGCAUGGAUAUCAUUCUGGGCAUUUUCCCAUUUGUCAGAGAGCUGCUCUCCAGAGGUACUGAGGUCAUACUAGCAUGUAAUUCAGGACCUGCUCUUAAUGAUGUAACUUACAAUGAGUCCCUGAUUGUCACUGAGCAUAUUGCAGACAUGGAUUCAGUCAUACAGUCUGCACUACAGGAUGACAGGUUAAUACUAGUACAAACUGGCUCGAGUUCUCCUUGCUUAGAUCUUAGUCGCUUAGACAAAAGCCUCGCUAUGCUCGUAAAGGAGAGAAGGACGGACCUGGUCAUCAUAGAGGGCAUGGGCCGUGCCAUCCAUACCAACUACUAUGCAGUCCUCCAGUGUGAAAGUCUGAAACUGGCCGUUAUCAAGAACUCCUGGCUGGCUGAGAGGCUGGGUGGCAACAUCUUUAGUGUGGUAUUCAAAUACGAGACUCCGCCUAAAUGAGGGUGGUAGCGGUCCAGCUCCACCCAUUCCUCAGCACUAGUUUUAUUCAUCAAUUGUAAAGAAUGUAUUUUUAUUAUAGGGAUGGGAGGGACAAAUUGCUGUAUUUAUAUUGUGCUUUCGUGCUGAUAUAAAAAGGACGAUAUGAGUCUGUAUAAAUAUAUAAAUAAAUUUAAAUUAUAUAUGA